GGGAUGGUGACAUGAAGUAGGCGGCUUAGUGGAGCAGCUGCGCAUGCGCGGAGUGGUGUGAGACGCAGAGACCUUCAGCUGGGGACAGUAGUCAUGGCCGUGCCACCUUCCUAUGCAGAUCUGGGAAAGAGUGCCCGUGAUGUCUUUAAUAAAGGAUUUGGGUUUGGACUUGUGAAGCUGGAGUUGAAGACCAAGUCCUCCAGUGGGGUGGAAUUCACUAGCAGUGGUUCAUCCAACACUGACACAGGGAAGGCAACAGGCAGCCUUGAAACAAAAUACAAAUUGAGUGAGGCAGGCAUCACUUUCACCCAGAAAUGGAACACGGACAACACCCUGGGGACUGAAGUUGCCUUGGAAGACAAGCUGGCUAAGGGUUUGAAGCUAUCUCUUGACACUACAUUUGUUCCCAAUACUGGGAAAAAAAGUGCUAAACUUCGAACCUCCUACAAGAGAGACUAUGCCAACCUGGGCAGUGACAUUGACCUGGACUUGGCUGGCCCCACCAUCUAUGGCUGGGGAGUUCUGGGAUACCAAGGAUGGCUGGCUGGCUACCAGAUGGCCUUUGACACAGCCAAGUCUAGACUGGCACAGAACAACUUUGCACUGGGCUACACAGCAGGAGACUUCCAACUGCACACUAAUGUAAAUGAUGGCACUGAAUUUGGAGGUUCAAUCUACCAGAAGGUCAACAAAGAUGUGGAGACUUCAGUUAACUUGGCAUGGAGUGCAGGCAGUAACAACACUCGCUUUGGUAUUGCUGCUAAAUACCAACUGGAUUCCAAAACGUCUGUCUCAGCUAAAGUUAAUAAUGCCAGUCUGAUCGGCGUGGGCUACACACAGACCCUGAGACCUGGUGUCAAGCUGACUCUUUCUGCCCUAAUCAAUGGGAAAAACUUUAGCUCUGGUGGCCACAAGGUGGGUCUUGGCUUUGAGCUGGAGGCAUAACUGGAAGAGAUUCUUAUGGAAGAUUGUUUGGACCCCCGUCUAACCUCCCUCAUGAGUUGACCACAAAACCAGCCACACAGAACAUAAUGAGAAAAUACACAAGCAGUGCCAACAUUACUCUGUAGCACCAGGAACAGCGUGUGGAUGUUCAGGAGUAGGUGUUACCUUUUACUUGUGUAGACGAUGUGUAAAAUGCAGAUAUUUGGUGACCAACUUGGCCUCCUUUCUAGGAACUCCAAAGACCCCAAAACUUUGAAGAACUCCCCAAAUAUCCCUAUGACUUUAUCAUUUCUGUUUAAACAUGUGUAAAAUCACUCUACCCUGCAAAAUACUACAAAUUAUCCAGCUAGCCCCUCUUAGGCAUCACUACAGUCAGCUAUUUUAUUUAUUUCAUUAGGCUCUAUGACCUUUUGAGCUCUAGAGAGCAGUUUUCUUUUUAAAGCUUCCAUCUCUGUAAUCAACACUGGGGAUUUUUCUUGAUUGCUCUAUAAUAAAAAAUUGGCUUAGAUCAUAAACAUAAUUGCUACAAAUCAUGUUUGUUUAGGUCUCCCUUAAACAAUUUGCUAUAAUGAUAAGUAGUUGUUUGGACAAAACUCUUUAAAUGCUUUUGUUACUUUGAAGAGAACUCCCCUUUUCUUGAAUCAAGUUUUUUUUCACAUGUGUUAUAUAGUCAUGAUAUCCUGCUUGCCCCAUUCUGCAUAAAUGUAGAUGGUAGGGGCUGGAGUUGUUAGUCUCAGGCCACUGGGGUAUACAUAUUUUGCUGUCUCUUUGAAGUGAUGAAGAUGCUGCUCACCCAUUCUGAAUGAAAAACAAUAAUGCACGGCUCAUCAUCCCAAGUGUUGUCAUGAAAUAAUGUAAUGUUUAGAUAUCACAAUAAAAAUGGCCACCUGCACAUUGGAAUGUC